AUGGAUACUGUACCUAAAGCUAUCCAGAAGGUUCAGACAUCACUCGACCCGUACAUCAAACCGCGGGAGCAGGUCGCUUACAUCCGACGCGCCCUAGCUCUUCACCUCCAGGCAUGCGGGCAACCAGGGCCUAUUCAGAGCCCGCUGUCUCUGAUCGAUGCAUCUUGCACCGUUACUCCCACCAAAGAAGCUAGAGGUCUUCAACGAGAGUAUCUCAGGGCCUUGGACGCAAACCUCAAAGCUAGGAAUGAGUAUGAGAACACGAGGAACGAUACAGCAGAAGCGCCUCCUGCUCGUUCGAACACGGUCAAUCCAAGCGAUCAGCUGGAAGAUCAUAUAGCCCUUGUCAAGCUACGACAAAAGCAACAGCGACUUCAAACGGUGCAAAAGUAUCUCGACUUAUUAGUACGCCAGCCAGCAGCGGCGCCAGACUUUCUCGACUUGGAGGAUGUUUUCAGGGACUCCCCGCCUCUUCCCGACGUCCCAACUGCCGUUGUCGACAGCUUCACAGUCAGCAAUGCCACAACGAAAAAGGACCUGAGCGGGCUGGCCAGCCAACUGGAGAAGGUGGUUCUCAGAGCCAAACUACUUCUUCAGCGCGAAGAGCAGCUGUUGCAAGACCUACGCCAAAGGACAGGGGAUUUGGCUGGUCAAGUCAGUGACGAAGCAAAAGCACAUGCACUGGACACAACCCGGGCGGAGUUGAUCAAUUGGAUCGAAACUGAGCUUAGUAAGGCUUCAGGAGAUACAGAAGACGAUGACCCCUCGCAGCGGAAUGGGCAAAGCUCCGAUGCGAGUAAGACGAACAUCGAUGAGCAACUGGUGGAGAUCAAAGCGAAAUACGCAAAGUACACAGCAGCGCGGAAGUCACUGCUUCAAGUGGUCUCGGAGCAGACCCAGCCCGUCCUGAAACCAGGAGGGGAGGCCGCCGGGCCUUCUCAAGGGCAAGAGAUACCGCCAGCGCCGACGUCCCACCUGCUCAUUCCGUAUCUCGAGAAGAUGUUGGCCCUCUCCCGCGAGCAAAAGGGCAUGAUUACGCAGAAGUCGCACAUCAACAACGUGCUGGCAAAGCAAAGCAAAGAGACCCGGCAGGCGUUGGAUCAUCUUGCUGAGGAAAGCCAGCUUCUGCCUGGACAUCCCAUGCCAAAGCCUAGGCCGAGGUCGGGAUUUGCUGAGGACUUCGCUUCUGCUGUAUCAGAAAAGCAAGCCAUGUCUGAGAGGGUAAAGCCAUGGGUCUUUGCAGCGGACUCGGCUAAGAUUGCGACGCUGGAGGCGGUGGCUGAGAAGAUCGAGGAGGGCCAGGUGGCGUUGGAAGGCUCUAUGACGGCUCUGCAGGAGGUCGACAAGCUUUUGGGACAGGAGCCCCCAGAAGCCCAGAAGGACGCGGGUGGAGAUACCACAGAGGAGGACAUCUGGCUUACGCAAGGGUCAGGCAAUAAGGCGGGGGCGCGGAGACAUGCACACCAAAGGAAAGGUUCAGCAUCCAAGCCCGGUGAUAUUUGGUCUGCCAUUGACGGGAAACUUGGUCUCAUCGGUCAUGAAGAUCAUUUCUGA